AUGUCAUUGAAAUUACCACAAGCACCCAAUUCGGGUUUAUUCAAGAAGGGUUACUCUUCCUACUCCAAUGAAGAUGGAGCAAUAACAAGAAACGUGGAAGCAGUACGCGAAAUUGCCUCAAUUCUACAAACCUCAAUGGGUCCUAGUGGGAGAAACAAAAUCAUUGUCAAUAAACUUGGGAAAAAAUUCAUCACCAACGAUGCUGCCACUAUGAUCAAUGAAUUGGAGAUUGUCCACCCUGUAGUCAAGAUUCUAAUCAUGGCUUCCAAGCAACAAGAAUUUGAAAUGGGUGAUAAUACCAAUCUUGUCAUAAUAUUGGCAGGUGAGUUUCUCAAUGUUGCUGAAAAGUUGUUGAGUUUGGGGUUGAAUGUGUCUGAAAUCAUUCAAGGCUUUAACUUGGCUAACAAAUUUGUUAUGGAAACAUUGGAUAAAUUAGUUGUUGAUAAAAUUGCAUCAUUUGAAACUGAUUUGAUCAAGGCUGUUAAACCAGUGAUCUCGGCAAAGCAAUAUGGAGUUGAAGAUAUAAUUUCCAAAUUGGUUGUCAAGGCGGUACAAUCAGUGGUUAACCCCAAAAAUCCAGCUAGUUUUAAUGUGGAUGGUAUUCGCGUGGUUAAAAUUAUGGGAUCUAGUUUAUCACAAUCAGAAGUUGUUAAAGGUAUGGUUUUCCCUAGAGAGCCAGAAGGUUCAGUUAAAAACGUCACCAAAUCAAAAGUUGCUGUAUUCACGAGUCCAAUUGACAUAUCAACUACUGAGACAAAGGGCACGGUAUUAUUGCACAAUGCACAAGAAAUGCUUGAUUUUACAAAAGGCGAAGAGCAACAGUUGGAUCAAAUGUGUAAAGAGAUCAAUGAUUCUGGUGCAAAAGUUGUUGUUGCUGGGUCCAAUGUUGGUGAAUUGGCCUUGCACUAUUUGAACAAGUAUGGAAUUUUGGUUUUACGUGUUCCCUCGAAGUUCGAUUUACGUAGAAUUUGUCAAGUUUGUGGAGCUACACCAUUGCCUAGAUUAGGUGCACCAACACCGGAUGAAAUGGGUGAAAUUGAUGUUAUUGAAACUAAGGAGAUUGGUGGUGAUAGAGUAACGAUAUUUAGACAAGACGAAUCGAGUUCAAGAACUGCGACAAUUGUCAUUAGAGGUGCUACGCAGAAUAAUUUGGAUGAUGUUGAAAGAGCCAUCGAUGAUGGUGUUAGUUCAAUCAAAGGGUUGUUGAAAGAUAACAGACUAUUACCAGGUGCAGGUGCAAUUGAAAUUGAGUUGUCAAAGCGUAUCACUCAAUAUGGAGAAACCACUCCUGGGUUAAACCAAUUGGCAAUCAAGUCGUUUGCUAAAGCAUUUGAAGUUGUGCCUCGAGUACUUGCUGAAACUUCAGGGUUUGAUUCAACUGAAGUGAUUAGUAAAAUGUACGCCGCUCAUGCUGAUGACAAAGAUACUGAUGGUUUAAGGCAAGGUUUGAAUAUUGAUACGGGCGAUGUUGAAGAUACUGGGGUUUUGGAUGUGUUGGCAACGAAAAAAUCGGCAAUUGAUUUAGCAGUUGAAGCUACUAAUACCAUCUUGUCUAUCGAUCAAAUCAUAAUGGCCAAGAGAGCUGGUGGUCCAGUUAUGCCACAACAACCAAGACCAGGAAAUUGGGAUCAAGAUGAUUAG